AUGGUGGUGGAAGAAGAAGAAGAAGAAGAAAAGCCCGAGGGAGUGUGGCGAUUUCGGUUCGAAGGAUUUCGGGCUAGACAGGAGAGUAGAGCAGCGAGUUGUACUCGAUUUGCUCCUGGAUCACCGGGUAAUGAUUCUCGUAAGAAGCCAGCAAAAUCUGAGCGGGAAGCGAGCUUCGUAGCGAGGAGGAGGAAGAGGAAGAGGAAGAGGAGGAGGAGGAGAAGAAGAAGGAGACGAUGGUGCGCAAGAAAGCGGGCGCCGGUCAGAACACGUUCGUCAUAA